AUGCCAGACAACCACAAGGAUCCGCCAGACUUCAACAACCUCGAGAUGAAACUAGAGGAACGAAUCGAAUUGUCACGGGAAGAUCAGGAUAUUCAAAGUACGAGCAGCUCCUAUCCACACUGUGAAGCUCUCGAUCACAUAGUCUCAAUGGAAUCCACGUACGAUUUUCACCGUCAAAUGGCUCACAAGGACCUGCAAAAGCACCGACAGGAAUAUGAGAAGGCUAGCGAGAAGAUUCUGGAGCUUCGGAAAAAGCUGACCGACUGGAAUAUGGAUCCGAAGAAGAGAAAGUGGAUCGAAGACGACCUGGAUUCACUGGUCAGGAAACAAGAAAGCGCCCUAUCCCGUAUCAGACUAGCGGAAAAGUGCACAAAGAGGGAUCUGCGGAAUGAUCCACCACCAGCAUAUCAGCCGGAUGAUCCAUUGAAGGAUUUGAGGAAGAAUUUUGAGAAGAAGGAGAAGCCGACAUGGAAUGAUGUGGAAAAGAAGAAGAAUGGAGUUUUUGAGUUUCACUGA